CCUACAUCGAACUAUACAGGUGACGAGGCGAAAGCCAUGUCCCACGGCAAAUAUACCUUCGUCGUCGAGCAUCUCGACCCAGAACUCGGCCCCUGGUCCGCGCUGGAAUACAAGACUAUUUCCCAAGAAUCACAACAAGCUGGAUGCCAGUUCAUCUUGUCUUCCCUGCCCCAGUCUCUGCUCGAAUCACAGGAUCUGAAGGAUCUGAUAACAUGGGGCGCAGAGGCUAGGACCGACAGCAUUGAAACCUAUUUCUCGGACAAAAAGGACAAGAUUUGCUUGCUCGAUCCGGCAGCCAGGCAGGAACUGCAUCCUACUGAUGCUGAAGAAUUUGACGUCUUCCUGUUUGGCGGCAUAUUAGGAGAUGAUCCCCCGCGAGACCGUACCAGCGAGUUGCGAAAAAAGGGGUUUUCCGGACGCCGCCUGGGCCCCGUACAGAUGACUACAGACACAGCUGUCAGAGUAACACGGAUGGUUAUCCUUGAUCAAGUUCCUCUCGAUAAGAUUCCUUAUGUCGACUUUCCGGAGCUAAAGGUGGAUGAGCAUGAAUCCACAGAGAUGCCUUUCCGAUACGUCACCGAUAAUUCUGGCAAGCCAACCAUGCCUGAGGGGAUGGUUGAACUCAUCAAAGCCGACGCGGACAAAGCCUUCGACAAUCUGGAGUUCGCGGACGAAGUGGAAGGCCUCGACCAGCUGGAAGUUAGCAGGCCUUGAAAUGGUGUGCUAAGAUUGCACCUCGAUCAAGGCUUGAGUGUUUCUGGUCGUGUCCUCGACAAGACAUUCGAUAUCUUGGCAAGUCCUCAAUCAGCAAGCUGCCGAGACCUCUAACGUAGCGACGAAGCGAUGCGCUUUUGAUCCGAGAAAAUGUUCCUGCCCUCACUGUGAUAUUCAGGAUCAUCUGAGUGGCUCCGUCGACAAUAUAUCCACGCUCGGCGGACCAGGCCAAGUCGUCAUUCCGACAAUGAUCCACAGCAUCAACAAGAGCAAUUUCCACUGCGGUAUGCGCUUUCCUUCGAAACCAAUCUGCCAGCACCCAUCUUGCACGCCAAAUAUUCAGGCUGGUGAAGAGAGUGAAAUCGAUAUGUCCUCCGUUGGCAGUUGUGAGAGGGAAUUGCACCGCAGACUUCCAUGAGAUUUGACUCCACACUAUCAUCCUCCUGUCUGGCCAUGCACAGACUCAGCUUUCAGAUCAUCGUGCAGUAUGAUUGUGGAUUUCUAGUCGUGAUCAAGGCCCUAGGCGCCCAGUGUCGCGGGUGAGAGGCAUGCCUAUGCUCACACUGCUCUGUGGAUCCCACGAUGAAGUCGGGACGCCGAGCGCACGGCCAACCCUUCGGCCCGGAAGAUAGUCUCAACAGUCAAAGUCGAAUAUCUUUCUCAGUACGGCGUCCUGGAGUGAUGGUAUGUGGACGUAGCGUUUCUCGAAGAGCACAGCCACGUCUUGAUAUUGCCUGUAGCCAAGCCUUCGAGCCACAUCUCCGAAUCGAACAGAAAACCAUCGAAUGUCCACCCGUUCAGCAGUAUAAAGAGCCCAAAAGUUAGGAUGAUGCCGAAGGACAUGGUUCAGAGACAGCUGCUCCACAUAUGCCCCUAUGCAGUAGACCCACAAGAUAUCCAAUGCACCCGGAUGGGAC